GGUCCAGGGACAGGCCGGGGCAAUUUUGCGUAAACACCCUUGUCUUCUUGAGUCAGGUUGAGCGGCGAGAGGGUUGCCUCCUCGACAAUCGCUGUCGUCUCGCGGCAGCCGGACGGCGCCACCGUAUCAUCCGCUCCGGCGGGCUAUCAGGAAGCCAUGCUGGGGGCGCAUGUGCAGCUGAAGGGGUGGCAACAGGCAGCUGUUGCAUUUGGUUCUGCAUUUGGGGCCUUGCUUGACCCUAGAAGGGCUGAUCUGAUAGCUGCUCUUGGAGAGACUACUGGGAAGCCAGCAUUUGAGCGUGUGCUUCAGCGAAUGAAGAAUAGCGCAGAAGGCAGGGAAGUUCUCUUGGAGCGUCCUCGUGUCAUCUCCUCGCAGGUUUCUCAUGCCUGGGACAUGCCACAGAACACAUUCGGUGCAGCCUAUGCUCAGUUCAUGGGAUCAAGGAACUUCUCACCAGACGAUCGCCCACCCGUCCGUUUCAUGGACACUGACGAGCUGGCCUACGUUGCGACACGUGCCCGUGAAGUGCAUGACUUUUGGCACGUUCUGUUUGGCCUUCCGACGAACCUGAUUGGAGAGACUGCCCUCAAGGUGAUAGAAUUUGAGCAGAUGUUCCUCCCAAUGUGCAUGCUGUCAGUUGUCGGGGGCUCUGCAAGGUUCAACGAGAAACAAAGGACACUGUUUUUCCAGCAUUACUUCCCAUGGGCAACAAAAGCAGGUCUCAAGUGCACGGAUCUGAUGUCUGUAUACUAUGAGAAGCACUUUCAUGAAGACCUGGAGGAAGUGAGAAGAAACUGGGGGAUUCUACCAUGCCCUGAUCCCAAAACGAGAGGUGUAUAGACUGGCGUAUUCUGCAUCAACUUCUUGUAUUUAAUUUUCAUCUUUGCUUCUGUCAGUUCCUCAGUUCUUCUUUUGGAAUAACGUCAUGAGCUAUGUUUACUGAUACCUUAGCAAGUUAUAAAGUACUAUGGUUAGUAUGUUGAAGGACGUACGCUGCUGGCAUUUGCAAUGCUCUGGGAGUCGAACAAGUUCCUCGAUAUUAUUUA